CGGCUUGCAGUGGCUGUCCUCGCCUUAGGGCUCGUUGUCUGCGCCUACGCAGCGCCAGGCUAUGGUGGUUCAGGCAAUCACGGAGGCAGUGGAGGCGGAUUCGGCGGAGGUGGAGGUUUUGGAGGAGGCCAUGGCGGUGGUGGCGGAUUCGAUGGAGGCCAUAGCGGUGGUGGCGGAUUCGAUGGAGAUCACGGCGACGGUGGCGGACACGGAGGAGGCUACGGCGGUGGCGGCGGGUUCGGUGGAGGUCACGGCGGCGGUCGUGGACACGGGGGAGGCCAUGGCGGUGGCGGUGGAUUCGGUGGAGGUCACGGCGGCGGUGGCGGUCUCGGCGGAGGCCAUGGCGGUGGCGGUGGAUUCGACCGAGGUCACGGUGGCGGUGGCGGAUUCGACGGAGGUCAUGGCGGUGGUGGCCACUCGGGUGGAGGUCACGGGGGACAUGGCGGCCACGGCGGUGGAGGGUACUCGGGUGCCAGUGCUAGCGCUAGCGCCAAAUCCAGUUCCGGUUCCUUUAGCGGCGGUGGUUACGGACGUUAAAUACCGAAGAAAGAACAGCCAAAUGCUCAAUGUGAUAUAGAUUAUUGUUAUGCCAUAAUGUUGCAUGUUACAUAUUAUAUAUAUAUGUAAAUAAUGUAAAAAAUAAAACCAUUUUU